AUGCAAUUUCCUAGCAUUGCCGCCAUCUUUUUGACCAUUCUCGUUGGUCAGGGUCUUGCGUCACCUGCGAGAGGAAAUGGAGGACUUAACAACAAUGCCAGCAGCAAAGAGGGUCAGCCGUGCACUGGCAUCGUCAGCAACCUGGAGCAAAAGGGGACAUGCAAUAGGCUUGGCGAAUGUUCCAUUGAAAUCCCGCCCAACGAGGUUGACAAUGUUCCCAGUGGCGAUUGCAAGUAG